ACCUGUAUGUCAUCAAAGAAAUUUUGUUGUAGAAGUCCGACGCGAAAGUUUGUUUUAUAUCAAAAAUAUGGAAGAAAACAUAACGUUUGAAUAGUAUACAAGACAGAUGUGCCAAAAUACAUUUUAAUUUGUUUAAAAUUAUCAUAAAUGAAGACAAGCUUAAACUAAAAAUUUGUGUUUUGUCCACCCUUUCCCCAGGCGUUUAUAAAAGCAGUAGGACUAUCCUGGAUAAAAAAGAAGAUGUCAUCUGAUGGAUUAAGGAAGAGAAAAGAGGAGACAUGCUCCGACAGAUAUAUCGCAACCAAGAAACAUGAACAGAUUAUUAGUGAUUCAAAAGAGACGACUAAAACAAAUUUAAAAAAUGUUGACAAUAGAAAAACUAAAGAUGAAAAUGAAAGUUUUAAAACUACUGAAAGAAUGUACAUUCUGUUGUUAUUGCUGUUUACUAUUUUGUCCAUUAUAACCAGAUUUUAUAAUAUUGAAAACCCAACACAUGUGUGCUGGGAUGAAACUCAUUUUGGAAAAAUGGGAAGUUGGUAUAUAAAGAGGACUUUUUUCUUUGAUGUUCAUCCACCACUAGGAAAGAUGUUGAUAGCAUUGUCUGGUGUUUUGACUGGCUAUGAUGGAGAGUUCCCUUUUGCCAAACCAGGGGAUGAGUAUGGUGAUACUAACUAUAUUGGUAUGAGAAUGUUUUGUGCCUUACUUGGAGGAAGCUUAGUGCCAUUAAGUUAUAUGUCUGUUUGGUUAUUGACAGAAUCUCUACUAGCAUCAUCAUUAUCUGCCACACUUAUAUUAUUAGAUGUUGGUACAUUAACAUUGUCAAGGCAUAUCCUAUUGGAUCCCAUUUUACUGUUUUUCAUCAUGAUGUCAGUUUAUUGUUUGUUAAAGUUUUCUUCGUAUAGACAAGAAUCAUUUAGUAUUUAUUGGUGGUUCUGGCUGGCCCAGACAGGAAUAUUUUUAGCUUUUGCUAUUGGUGUUAAGUUUGUUGGUUUAUUUAUUAUAUUAUUUGGUGGAUAUUCUACGGCAGCAGAUCUUUGGUGCCUUGUGGGAGAAAAAUGUUUAACUAUGAUUUUAAUUGUGAAACAUUUCCUAGCCAGAGUUCUUUGUCUGAUUAUUUUACCAGCCAUUGUUUAUAUGAUGGUAUUUGCAGUUCAUCUUAAAAUAUUAAAUCACAGUGGUUCUGGUGACGGUUUUUACAGUUCAGGAUUUCAGUCACAGUUGAUUGGUAACAGAUUAUAUAAUGUCAGCAUGCCUGAAAAUAUUGCCUAUGGCAGUGAGUUUACACUGAAACAGAGGAGAACAGGAGGAGCCUAUUUACAUUCACAUUGGCACCUCUAUCCUGAAGAACAUCCUCCACAACAACAACAGGUAACAACAUAUGCUCAUAAAGAUGAAAACAACAUGUGGAUAAUAAAACCAGCUGAUACACAGUGGACAAAAACAGACUCUCCAGAGCUAGUUAAGAGUGGAGAUCUUGUUAGAUUAGAACAUAUAGUAACAAAGCGACUGUUACAUUCUCACAGAGAACCUGCACCUUUGACAAAGAGACAUUACCAAGUCGCAGGUUAUGGAGUGAAUGGUUCAGGUGAUGCUAAUGAUGUUUGGAUCCUUGAAGUGGUGGGAGGGUCUACAGGGGCAGCUGUACAGACUGUCAGGUCACAGGUCAGACUGAUACACUACCAUGUGAGAUGUGCUCUACAGUCACAUGACAAAAAACUACCUAAAUGGGGCUGGGAGCAGCUAGAAGUUACAUGUAACCCUAAUAUAAAAGAUAAAAAGACUUUAUGGAGUGUGGAAGAAGUAACAGAUCAAAGAUUACCUAAUGCCAGUUUUGAGUUAUAUUCUCCAAGUUUCUUGGAAAGAUUCAUUGAAAGUCAUGCAGUCAUGACACAAGGUAACAGUGGCCUGAAACCAAAGGAAGGGGAGAUAACUUCUAGACCAUGGCAGUGGCCUAUAAAUUACAGAGGACAGAUAUUUUCAGGAAAAGAUCACAGAAUUUACCUAUUAGGAAACCCUGUGAUAUUUUGGGGUUGUCUAGGAUUAACUUUUGUGUUUAUUAUUGCCUAUGCUAUUGAUACAGUCAAAUCAAGGAGAGGUUUGAGGAAUAAUAAAUACUGGAGAGCCUAUAAAGAUAGAAUGUUUAGUGCUGGAUGGUGGUUAUUUUUAGGCUGGAUGCUUCAUUACUUUCCGUUCUGGCCAAUGACUAGAGUUUUAUACUUCCAUCAUUAUUUCCCAGCAUUCCUUUUUAGUGCCAUGUUGUCAGGUGUUGUGUUAGACUACAUCUUGACGUGGUGUUGUAUAUCAGUACCAGAACAGUUUUCUCUAAUUGUAUUCCAAGGUUGUAUAGCAGCUCUAUUUGCUGUCUUAUGUUGGAGCUUUUACUUGUUUUAUCCAUUAUCUUAUGGUAUGUCUGGUCCAUCAUCAAUGGAAGAAGGAAGUGCAUGGAGAAACAUCAAAUGGAUGGAAUCCUGGGAUUUAUAACCAAACAAGCAGACCUCAGAUGGAAGAUAGAGAUCAUGAAUACAUAUACUUUUUUAGUAUUUUCACAUAUCAGAUCAUGUUGAAAGUUGAUAUUUUAUUUUAUUUUAUGGUGCAAAAUUAUUAUUGCACCAUAAAUUUAGUUAUUAUUACACCAAAAAAAACUUGUAAAUCUUUUCUUGUUCAAUGGAUUUUUCAAUUCAAUCCUUUAUUUUGAUUUAUUAUAGUUGAAUAUUUUUAUAUCUACUUCAAAUGAUCUUAGCAAUGUAUGCAUUUCUUCAAAUACUUCAUGAAAAGUUUUCAUUGUAUUUAUCUCCAGAAUUUAAAAAAUAGUUAUACAAGAUACUUUCAUUGAUUUCCAGUUUUUGGCCAGUUCUUGACUUUUCUUAUGUGGGAUUUAGUUAAGCAAUUAAGAAAAAAAAAGCUAGAAAGGCAAAUUGUUAAUAAAAAAAAGUUCUACACAAGAAAAGAAAUUGUUAUUAAGUUUUGAGUAACAUAUUGCUCAGAAUACAGGUUGUGCAAGAAAGUA